ACAGUAGUAUCUGAACUUUAAGAGUGAUACGAUCUCAGUAUGGUUCCUCUCUUGCUGUUACUUCCUUUUAUAGUACUAACGUGUACGGGUGAUGAUACUUUCUAUUGCCAUACGUGUGAUUCAUCAACCUACAAGGAAUGCGUGUGGAAUCCUUAUACCUCACUGACAAAAGACUGUGAAGCUGGUGAUCGUGCCUGUGCCACUGUGAUUCUUCCGAACGGUCACACCUAUCGUGGAUGUUCGCAGGACUCAGAAUGUGUCGCCGCUGGGAAGGAGUGUAUUCUGUGUGAUAAAUUUUCGGGCUGUAACAUUGAUCGGUAUCCAUCCGAUCGCCUCCGGUGUAAUAUCUGUCAAUCAAGUCAAUCUAACUCCUGCAAGCUAUUACCCUAUCCUAGAUAGUUUGAGAAACCUUGUAUAAGACUUGUGGCUGAUGAUCGGUGUGUUACCGUGUUCGAUGGGUUUAACGUGUCCUAUCGGGAUUGUUUAUCUUCUGCGCGCGAGGAAGAUCUUCCGAAGUGUACCGGGUCUAAAUCGACGGUAGAAUGUAAUAUCUGUUCUCGAUGGAAUUGUAACACAUGUACAGUUCGACAGGAUGAUCAAUGUCUGCAGUGUACAUCGAAUAUGACGCACUGUUCUAGUGGAAUCCGAACAGCAACCGUGUGUAAAACACCUUCGGAAGGCAAAUGUUACUCAAGAGUAGAUGAGAAUGGAUAUCUUGUACGUGGAUGUUUGUCUGACAUUACUGACCAAGAGUUAAAAGAUGGCUGUGAGAAGGAUGGCGUCGAUUGCGUGGUUUGCGAAGGAGCCGGAUGUAAUGGUCAGUUUCUUCCCAAGAAUACACACAGCUGUGUGCAGUGUGAUUCACGGUUCCAACUAAACUGUGCACAGGAGCAAACGGACGAUAGUAAUGUACAGUACUGUCGACGUCAUGUACAAGAUGAUCGUUGCUAUGUACGAACCGAUACAGAUGGAAGUCUUCAGCGAGGUUGUUUAUCAGAUUUAACUAACGACACACUGUGCAACGAUGGAAAUUCUCAAUUCUGUGAAGUAUGUGUUGGUAGUAGCUGUAAUAAGAAUGCAUAUCCCUCGAAUCGAUUGUCUUGCUAUCAGUGCAGCAGUGAGUAUGCUUCAAACUGCGACGCCGAACAGCGCCAUGAUGAGCUGAUGAAGUGCAGAUAUCAUCGCACCAAAGAUGGAUGUUUCAUCAGAAGUUUUGAAGAAGAAGUCACUCGAGGAUGCAUAUCGGACUUAGGAAGUGGUACGAAUCCUUGCGAAGGAUGGAAAAGUACCGAUUGUCGUACAUGCUACGAAGAUGGCUGUAACUAUAUCUCCAAAACCGUGUUAAGAAACUGUAGCUCCUUCGUGGGAAUAGAAUUGUGGACGUUCUUUUGCUGUCUCGGAUAUUAUUUCUUAAGGAUGUUCGGAUAGCACAGAAAAUAUAGCUACAACAGAGUGAGUUUGGAA